AUGUCGAACUCUAUAGUUCAAUAUGUCCUUUUGAGGAGUGAUUUACUUAAAGAAUUGGGAUGGUCUAUCGGUUCUUUAGUUGCACAAGCCUGCCAUGCUUCAACAGCAGCAUUACACAUUUUUAGAGAUGAUGAGCACACAAUUCAAUAUUUAAAUGAUUUGGACAGUAUGCAUAAAGUUGUUUUAGAAGUACCAAAUGAAGAAUCAUUGAAAAAAAUUGCCCAGAAGCUACAAGAAAAUGCUAUAGAUCAUAAAUUAUGGAUAGAACAACCUGAAAAUAUCCCAACCUGUUUAGCUUUGAAACCUUAUCCUAAGGAACAAGUUAAAAAAUAUGUUGGAAAAUUCAAAUUAUAUAAAGAAACAUUAAACAGC